UCCGACCCCGCUGAGCCUCCAACCGGGGCACUAGGAGGGCACCCGGGAUUAGGGGCUAAGAUCAGCCGGAGGGGCGGGGGGAGCGAUGGGUCUGAGCCCGGUUUGUGCCGGGGAUGGAUGGAUGGAUGGAUGGAUGGAUGGAUGGAUGGAUGGAUGGAUGGAUGGAUGGACGGAUGGAUGGGGCACGGCACGGUGAAGUAAUUCCAGCCCGGUAACGUUCGGGGGGUGGUUGCUUUGAGGCUGCUGUAACGUGGCACUCAGAUGGAUAAGCGGUGACAUUAUAUACGGGUCCCAAACAAAAGUGAACCUGGGAACGUGUCCUAGGAACAAAGAGGGGUGGGAGCAGUCCGCAGGUGGGAGUGAGCAGACAGAGGGUUUAAUUGGGCUUAAGCCGGAGCCGGAUCCGUCUUUGCAAGGGAUUAUGAUCCCUCCGUCUGUGCAGGCACUGCAGGAGCUGGGCACCCCCAGCCCCGUCCCGACCCCUGGGUCAGUGUGAGCAGGGCACGGGGUGGGGGCAGCAGCUCAGUCAGCGUCAUGGGUCAUUGUUGGGCCGGGUCUGGUGCACAGACCUGCUUUCCAUAAGGACACCGCAAACUGGAACGGGAAUGAAAAAUAGCCAGAAAUAUGAUUAGAGGAUUGGCGAAAAUGCCUUAGAGUACAAGCGUUAAGAGCUCAAUCUGUUUAGCCUACAAAAAUAGAAGACUGAGGGGUGACUUAAUUACUGAACAUAAUUACUUCCCAGGCGGAAAAUGCCAGGUAGUGGCAGGUUCUCCCAUCCAGCAGGGAAUAGCAGUGGGAGGGCCAGCAGCAGGACUUGGACGCUGUCCCCGUGUGCCUUUUGUCCCCAGCCCAGCAGUGAUGGGGCCGUUUUCUCACGGCUGGAGCUGGUGCCGGGGCGCAGCUUUGCCCGCAAGCGAUGGGACAGGAGCGGAGCUUUUGAUGCCUCUCCCAGGACUCCCCAGAGCCAUGACUGCAACUGUGCAGACGCUGCGCUUCAAGCUGUUGCCGCACGACACGGGCCAGGAGUGGGUGCACAGCUGCCAGCAGGAGAUUGAGCGCCGCUACCAGGUGGUGCCCUCGGUGGUGUGCGCCAUGUGCUGCCUCUUCGGGAUCAUCUACUGCUUCUUUGGUUACCGCUGCUUCAAGGCUGUCAUGUUCCUGACGGGACUGAUGUUCGGCUCCAUCAUCAUCUUCAUGCUGUGCUACAAGGAGCGGGUGCUGGACACGCAGCUGAGCGUGGAGGCGUCGGUGGGCAUUGGGCUGGGCAUCGGGGUGCUGUGCGGGCUGGUCACCAUGCUGGUGCGCAGCGUCGGCCUCUUCAUGGUGGGGCUGCUGCUGGGGCUGUUGCUGGCGGUGGCCACGCUGGUGGUGAUGGAGCAGUUCUACCACCCGCCCACAGUGUGGAUCCCCAUCGCGCUGCUGCUGGGCGUGGGGAUGCUCUUUGCCGUGCUCACCCUGCAGUGGCAGCGUUUCUUCACCACCCUCUCCACCGCCGUCUUCGGCAGCGCCAUUAUGACCGUCACCGUCGAUUACUUCAUCGAGCUCUUCCUGCUGGUGCAGUACAUCUACGAGCGCAUCAAGGUGGCCCCCGCUCGCCCUGUGUGCUGGUACAGCUGGGUCAUCCUGGGCGUCUGGCCACUGCUCACCGUGCUGGGCGUCCUGGUCCAGUGGAAGGUCACAGCCGAGGGUUACUCUCACACUGAAGUGAUCAUCAGCCGGCAGCAGCGCCGCGUGCAGCUGAUGCGCAUCAAGCAGCGGGAGGACCGCAAAGAGAAGAAGAAGAAGCGGAGGCCCCACCACCCACCUCCCCACCAGCACAAGGCCCACCCGCCUGAGCCCGCCUACCGCCGCAAGCCCAACCCUGUGCGCCGCUUCGAUGGGGACGUGCUCUCCCCAGUGAGUCCCACGCCCAGGAGCUACAUCCAGAGUUUCCGAGAGCGGCAGACGGGGCCAUCCCUCAACAGCCUCAUUGCCAGCUCCCAUGCUGUGGUGGACCUGGACUAUGACUGCAGCUCCACCGUGCCCCUCACCACAGGCUCCGGCCCCGCCAUGCGGGUAUAAGCCAACCCAGUGACCUCGAGUGACACCAGCACCCCAGCCUGCUCCCACAGACCUCUUUGGACACAUGGGGCUGUUCCUUCAGCCUCGGGGCUGUGGAGGCUAUGGAUGGAGAACCUUCCUGGGGCAGCACGGGACUCGUCUCGGUGAGCCCAGGAUGCCUGUGAGACCCAGCCAUGCUGGGCAUACACCCAGGCAGAAACUCAGCCCACGGACUGGGGCUAUGAGCACCCAUGGACUCACAGAGUGUGGUGUGAGCGGCUCUGCUGCACGUUUCCCCAUGGCCUGGGCACACUCCUCCUGUACCCUGACUCCCCCCUCUCCAUGUUCAAGCCCUCCCAGAGCAGUUUCCCGUGCCUGCUCCCUCCCCAUCGCGCCCCACAGCAACUCCCCAAGUGCCUGUCCCCACGUUCCUUCUUCAGAGAGCAGCUCCCCAAGCCCCUGAUCCCAGAGUGAUUACCCUGAGCAUGUGUGCCCCAUCCCACCCCAGGCAGCACUCCCCAAACCCUGCCUUUAGGGGUUCCUGCCCUACACAACCUCCUUGCCCCCAGAGCAGCUUGCCUGCCCCCUUCCCCUGUUUUCCUGGGCUGAAGUGGGGCUGACUCGGGCAGAGGCUGCCAGGGCAUGGGGCUACUGCUGCAGGGUAACGGCACCGGGGCUCUGUCCCACCCGGGCACUGUGCACACUCCCCUGAAUGUUUUGACAGGAGCCAGGACGCAGCCUUCGGGAGGAGGCUGGGCUGCCCCAGGGACCCCCCAGCAUCAGAGGCCAUCGCUGUUUUGCUUGCGACUGGAUUUUAUAGCGGCUGGGGGGCCCUGAGGGCAGCACCUCUGUGGGGCAGGGCAGGAGCCCCUGCUCAGAGCACCGCUGCAGACAGAGGCUCCCUCCUUGUAUAUACUUCUCUUGCUGUGAUUUGUAUUAAUUUAUUACGGAGUGAGCCAGGACCUCCCCGCAGGCGGGAUGUGGGGGGACCAGAGUGGGGUGCCCCCGGGUGCUUUCCCAUCCCCGGCUGCCACCCCAGGAACUGCAUGUUUCUGCCACGCCGUCUCUGCAGCGCCGUGCUGCCGCCGUCCCCCUUUUCAGCCUCUUUUGUAAAUGUGCCAAACGCUGCUGAGGCCACGGCCACACAGUAAAGAGCCUUUCGGAA